AUGAGUUCUCCAUAUUCAGACAGCUCUGUGGACUCUCGAAAACGGUCUAGAGACGAAUACGAGUUUGACUUCUCGUCGCCAAUCAAGAAAACUCAGACCCAUCAGAUCCACACUGAAGUACAUAUCCAUACUGUGAACAGCUUAAUGGAAGCUCUGAGACAACAAAAGGAGCUACCCAAGAUCGAAGAUCAACAUGAAACUGAAGAAGAGUCCCAUAACUACCACCAGAAACCGUUCUGGCCCAGGAGCAUACGCUCCGGCUCUAUCAAUGGCCCACAACUGGUGUGGGCAGACGAUGAAUGGUUUCUUGAGCAGCGCUCGAGACUUUUCUAG